UUUCGAGUCCUUUGUCCAAAACAGACUGAAGUAACAACAGUAUAAUAGUAGUUAGCACCUUCUUUGUCACGUAACUUUUAUAACUAGCUUAGCAAUAAAGCAAUAACUCCAGAGAAGCGGUUGUUUUUUUUAUGAGCCGCGGGAGAAAUGUUUGCCAUAGCAACCAAAAACUUUGUGAAGGAGGUGGAUAAUAGGGGCUUACUGAUCCCAGUGUCCAGCCUGAAUGACAACUUGGAGCUUCUGACGGUGGUGGUGAAGCGUGAACGCUCCUGGUUCUGGCAGAAACCCAAAUAUCUUCCAACUGACUUCACCCUGAAUGACCUGCUGACAGGCGAUUCGCCCAUAACACCAGCUGUGCUAGAUACAGACUUCAUUAAGUACAGCGGCACAUAUGGUGGCGACAUGCAGGGAACCGUGGAUGCCAGUUUUGUCAAAACCAAAUUGAAUAUAAAGAGUGAAGGCUCCUCCAAACUCCAGUUGUCCUUUGGCAGUCUGAAGAAAGAGGAAGCGGACGUCCCGAAACUGAUGCGAGAAUCCAAAGGCAGAGUUCUGGACAUGUCGCACUCUCUGAUCCAGCAGACGAAAGAGAAAAAGAAAAAUGUGUUUGGCAUUGUGAAGGAGCGCAUCAUGACCACACAGCCAUGUUCAGUCGUAGAGGACGUGCAGCAGCGAGGAUGGCUCGUGGGGACUCUAAUUCCCUGCAUCCCCAAAGUGUCUAAAAUUUUACUGACGGAAAGUGGAAAGUUGAGCAAAGACAGCAACGUCACAUUGGAGAUUCCUCCUCACGCCACGAUGGCCUACGGCAUCAUAGAGCUGGAGAUCAAAAGCGACGGGAACUUUGAGCUGUGUGUGAUGUCAGAUGGAGGUUUUGAAGUAGACGGCCAUGGCAAGAAGAGUCUGCUGUGUUUCUCAGUUCCAAAGAGCAAUGUGAUUCAGCAGGAACUGGAGAAACUGAAGGAUCAUUUCCAGCAGCUUUCCACCCUCCCAGCCUCCACCAGGUCGUCUCUGCUCCAGCACAUCACGGGACUGAUGCAGGAACCGGCAGCCGUUGGCGCACUUCAGAUCGUGCUGGACCGGAUGUAUCUGGGUAAGAAACCCAGCCUGGAUGAUGACGGAUUAAAGGAAUCUCAGCAGCAGAGCAUCCAAGCGAUUUUUGAGGUGUUGGAGCAGUCUGGUGCAGAGGAGUCGACUCAGAGCCCAGUCCUCACCGCAUUGCAUCUGGUUGUCAGUGCAUUAGAGGAGUUACCAGAUGAUUGUCUUCCUGUUUUAAGUGUUUGCAGUAAUCCUGCAACCCUACAGACUUUGGAGCUACUGGUGCAGUGUGUGUCAGGAACCCGGGAGACGACUCUGAGCAGCACAGCAUUGCCAGAUGACGACUAUGAAAGGACUGAACAUAUUUUUGCCUCCUGUAAUGUGUCUCUACAGAGAGACAGCGAUAUGCUACGGGUUGAAAUCAAGCAUGAACCAGGAAAUCAUCCCCUGAUUCUCUGCAUUGCUAUUAAAAGUCUCGCCUCUUUAGCCUGUGGCUGUUGAACCAUAUGAACUGUAUACUGAUUAAAAGGAAAUCCAAUAUAUUAUGUUUUCUUUGGGGAUUUAGUAUGGACAAUUAUAAAUAAGUGCUUGAAACAUAAAUGUGAGAAUGAACAUCGGACUGAAUAUUUUUUAUUGGCAGAUUUUACAUUGUAUAGGACUUGGACUUCAUUGAAUUGAAUGUGAUCAAACGUCGAUACCCUAAAUAGGCACCAUCUGAUAAUUAGAAAUCUGUUUCAGCAAAAUUCAUGUUGUAUUACAAUAAGCCUUUUGUGGCUUGAGAUUGUUUUUGCCCUUUUCAAUUAAUUGGUCAACAAAUCUUUUUUUUUUUUUUUUUUUUUUUUACAUAAAACCAAAGAAGUCCUUUAGAAACUGAUUUAGGCUUUGACUAUUGACUAUGUGGUGUUUUCUUUAAAACGUUGUAAUUUUGUGUUUUUAAAAACACUUUGAACUGCCUUUCUGCUGAAAUGUGCUAUACAAAAAACUUGAUUCUUUCACCUAAAGCAUCGAAGGCCGACUUCUACUACAAAUGCUUGUAUUCAUAGGCCUCACUUGCACAUUUUUAAACAUGAGAAGUUGUGCACAAUAAAAUGAUGGUGCUUCCUUAUUAAA